CCAGCUAGCAGGCCGCCACCACCGGCCGAACCCUCGCCAUCUCAUACCUGCGCGCAUUCCCCUCGUAUUCCAUCACCAUCUCCGUCGUCGUCUCGAUCGUCAGACUGCUGCCCAACCCUUCAUUCUCUCAAAAGCAUGGGCUGCUGAGUUGAUGAAGCCCCCCAGCGAAGCGGCUACCUCGUCCCAGCCAUGAGCGCGCCGGCGCACAAGACGUCCUCAGCAAGGGGCCUCGAGCCCGGCCAUGCCGCCGAAGCCCACCGCCUCCGAAGCCCCUCCGAUGCCAUCGGUGAGCUGGAUCUGCUUGCCGGGCUCUGGCAGGUGGCUCCAUUUGCUCGCCUGCCUCCCGACGCACCGGCCGAGCUGAGGGACUAUGUCCAAGAUGUCGAGAAUCCCCGUCGCGUCUAUGCCAUCCAUCGAGCCAGUCGCCGUCAUGACUUUCAGACUCUCGUCGACAAAUACAUCUUUCAGCUGAGAAAUGGCUGCGGUUCGCCGAGUUGCUCGACUGCCACCUGCUUCACAUGUCGAAAGCGCCUCGCAGGCAAGGCGCCCAUCCGCAGGUAUAAUCCAACAAGCGCCAGGACACUAGCUGUAUAUCUUGCUAGCCAGGAUUGCCCCGAGGCCGGCCUAUGCCCGUACCUUGGCUCAGCGUCCAGAGAAGCUCCUCCUGCAGUCAACAGCCUCAUCUUUUCUACCCGGCCAUCGCCGUCUCAACAUAGUGGCCGUAGGCCAUCGGAAGUCCAGACAACGCCGCGAAGGAAACCAAGCGCGGGUGUAGUUGCUAAGCCGCCUUUGUCCCCUACAACAAGAUCUCGCUCAUCGUCGCUCGAUAAACAACGCUUGAAUAAUCAAUCCAAUGAAACCAAGAAUGAAGCUACCACACGACCCGGCCCCUUACCGGCUUCAAAUAUCAGCGUCUCGGAGAAGGUGGUGCCAAAGGACUACAGGUCGUUUGCGGUGGCUACGUUUGGCACUGUCGCUUACAAAAUGCUGGAAUGGCUUACACCACAGGCGAUUGACGCCAUGACAAAGAAGAUAUCCGACCUGGGAGGUGCUCAACAGGCAACCGAGGACACAACUGCUGCUCCUGCCGAUGCUACAUCUAAUCCAACCAAUAACCAACAGCCUUCAAACCACAAAACAGACGAGCCCCAUAUCCAUCACGCCGAGCCUUUACCAAAUGCACAGCCUAAACAGAACAAGACUUCGAAACCUUCGAGAACGUCGAGCCAAGAUGUAGUCGAGCCGCUACCCCCAGCCAAAGAUGUGUCUUCUAAGCCCAAGAAGAAUUCCAAAAAGACAUUUCGCUCCUCUCCAACCAAGUCUAACAAUAGAAGAAGCAUGGAGCCUGUUGCCAUCUCAGCUGGGACCGAAGAGGCCAAGACAAACUCACGACCUUCGAGCCUGAAUGGCUUCUAUCCCGAGAAGCUAGCCCGUGCCGGCAAGACCUCACCUGCUAUAGUUACUCGCGGUGUUCCUGAAAUGCCAUCCAAGCCUGCUUUCUUUGAGAAUGUAUCUGCUCCCACCCCCACCACUACCACUGCCACCAGCGAAAUACACGACGUUGAAUCAGGCUCCUCAGAUACGGAGACGAUUGAGGAAAGGGAAAUACCUAGCAGCACCGCUCCCGCCAUGAAAAAGGAACACGUCAACCCGCAGUCUAAACCACGGCCCGUAUCACCGAUUCUGGAGGUCGAAUUAUCAUCUGCCAAGUUUCUGCUGCCCCAAUCCUUGACCACCUUGAAUGUUGAGCUAGUCGAUUUCAUUUGCGAUGUUUUCCAAGAGGAUAGAACCAACGAAAGCCAGUUCUUUGGACCCUUGGAAUCACACGCCUCGUAUCCCCAACCGCAGAAUCCAUCAAAGAAGCUGACCAGGCGGCAAUCUGCAUCCCAUGCCACCUCUCCAAGUCAGUGGAAAGCUUUCAAUGAACAGGCCCUUUUCACCGUUUUGAGCGAUCCUCACUGCCUUGUUCAGUCAUUCUCUAAAGACGGCAAACUCUACGAUUCGCAUACACUAUUCUACUGCAUGCUCCGAAUGACGCGGGCCGCGCCAAGUCUUGUCCUUCACAGCCUUUGGAUGGCAGCAGAAGCCCUGUUUACGGCGCCCAAGUCUCUUCAAAUCUCACAACCCCGAUCUGGAAGGGCACUGCCCAGAAGCCGGAAGCCCCUGACCGAUUUUGAAGCCGGGUGUGUCAUGUCGGUCUGCUUACAUGCUCUUGUUGCUGUUGCACCCUUCGUCUCGGAUUCCAAAACUCUGUACGACAUGUCACGCAUACGGUCUACUGGUUUGGUUUUGGGUGGCAAUGGUCUUUCUACCAGACAGCCUCAGUCGAUAUGCCUCGAGUAUGAAGAUGUGUUCUCAAACGAUGUCGCCGUCAGACUAGCACGACGUGUGUUCUCCGCUGUGUCUGCUCGUCGGUCUCUAGCCAAUCUGAUGCGAAUGGACGGCAGAAAUAAGGCUGGUCAGCUGGAUAUACUUCAGCCACUACUCAAUCAGCUCGACCUUCUCAGCUCAGGACCGCUCCGGGUACUAGAAUUCACGCAAGCCGAACGCCUGCUGCACGAGACUCGCGUGCCCACCCUCCUCCUCGAUUGGGCCAGGACCGUUUUGCACCAAGAAUGGGAUGGGAAUCCGGAGAUUGUGAAUACUGGCGCCUUUUAUGGGGCGCUGUCUCUAAUUUCCACCAUGUACCAAAACAGAACUCGACUUUUACUUGGCGAUAUUCAAUUCCGCGCCGACUACUUUUCUGAACGCCUAGACUCUAUGGAAAUGCCUGUAUCUUGGUCAGAAUCGCCUUCGAAGCGAAAUAGAGGUCAUAUACUCGAUUAUCCCUACCUCUUCAGUCCGGAGUGCCUCAUUACGUUUUUCCGGACCAUCAAUUUCGCCAAGAUGAGUCGUAUGUUUGAAGAGAGCAGUUCACUCAAGACGCGGAUGAGUGCGAUUGUCGACCCGGGCAGUCUUGUUGCGAAUCCGCAUCAUAAAAUCGUGCUGCAAGACAUGCUGAAAGUGGCGUCGUCCAAGUAUCUUAUCCUGGAUAUUAGCAGAGACAACGUGCUGAGAGAUGCUUUCGAUCAGCUCUGGAGGCGACAGAAACGCGAGCUUUUACGUCCUCUGAAGGUUCAUCUUGGUGAGCUGAGCGGAGAGGAAGGAUUUGACUCGGGUGGUGUGCAACAGGAGUUCUUUCGGAUGGCAAUUGCCGAGUGCAUGGACCCCAAAUACGGCGCUUUCACAAUCGAUGACCGGACACGCAUGGCAUGGUUUGUCCCUGGCUCUGUUGUGGAAGAAUGGAAGUUUGAGCUCAUAGGCGUCCUUGUAUCACUGGCAGUGUACAACGGCCUCACCCUUCCCGUCACAUUCCCCAAGGCACUGUACCGAAAACUGCUAGGCGAGCCUGUCGAAGAGCUCUAUCAUAUUGCAGACGGAUGGCCUGCCCUAGCCAGUGGACUGAUGAGUCUCUUGGAAUGGAAUGAAGCAGAUGGCGCGGUUGAGGAUGUUUUUGCGCGCACCUACGAGUUCUCGGUACCCAACAUUGGGGGCAACGUAACCCGGGAGAUGACCAAAGAUAUGAUCCAGUGGCCACAGAAUCUCGAUUGGAAGAUGCGAAUUGUUCUACCAGAAGAAUCGAUUGACGAAGAAGAGGCACCGCUGGUGACCAAUGACAACCGCGACCAGUAUGUGACUGACUACAUUCGCUAUCUAACUGAUAUGUCGGUGAGGCCGCAAUACGAGGCAUUCGAACGAGGAUUCAAGAGUUGCCUGACCGACAAGUCACUCUCCCUGCUGAGCCCUCAGAUUCUGCAGUCUGUUGUCGAAGGUGUCCAGGAGAUUGACAUCUCUGAGCUCCGGCGGUACACCCGCUACGUAGGAUGGGAUGCGUCUCACCACACCAUUAGGGACUUUUGGUCCAUUGUUAAGAGGUACGAUGAUAGGAUGAAGCGCAAGCUUCUCGAGUUCGUGACUGCAUCGGAUCGUGUCCCUGUCGGGGGCAUGCGCAACCUACAGUUUGUGAUUCAGAGAAACGGCGAGGGCGAGGGCAGUGGAAGUCGUCUGCCGACAGCGUAUACGUGUUAUGGGACGUUACUUUUGCCGGAGUAUAGGGACAAGGACUUGCUGAGACAGCGAUUGGCGAUGGCGCUGGAAAAUGCCCAGGGAUUCGGCUUUGCUUGAGCAAUCUUUUAUUCAUCUACUCUCUGUGACUUCUUCCUUCCUUUCUAUUUUCAUUUUCACAGAGAGUGCCACUUGUUUCAAGUGUUACUUGAGCGCUUCUAAUUAUUACGUCUUUGGGAUUCUAGCGAUUGUUCUGGGCUUUUUUUUUUUUGUUUUUUAGAAUUGCGCUGGGAGCGAUUUGUGGCGUUUGGGCAAAAUCUUUGAAGCUUUG